AUGGCUGCAAUGGGUCCUCCCAUUCUGAUGCUGACCCUAAACUGGGUGUACAAUCCUUGGUGCUAAGGGAUGGAAAUAAACUGGCUCAAAUGGAGGAGGCACCACUUUUUCCAGGGGAAGCUAUCAAAGCAAUUGCCAAAGACGUCACGUACAUCUGUCCUUUCAUUGGGGCCAUCAGCGGAACACUCACUGUCACUGAAUACAAACUGUACUUUAAAAGUGUGGAGCGGGACCCCCCUUUCACCCUUGAUGUUCCACUCGGGGUUGUGAGUCGUAUUGAAAAGAUUGCUGGCAUCCAAGAGAACUCCUGUGGCUUGGAAAUCGUGUGCAAGGAUAUGAGAAAUCUGCGGUUUGCAUACAAACAGGAAGAACAUGGUAAACUCGAGAUCUUUGAGAACCUAACACAGUACGCUUUUCCUGUCUCGAAGAACUUGCCACUGUUUGCGGUGAAGUAUAAGGAGAACUAUCCAGUUCAGGGCUGGAAGGUAUACGAUGCAGUGGCAGAAUAUAAAAGACAGGGAUUGCCAAAUGAAAGUUGGGUCAUCAGUAAAAUCAACAGCAACUAUGAACUCUGCGAUACUUACCCUUCAACUGUGGUGGUGCCAACUAGUGUCAAAGAUGAUGACCUUUGUAAAGUGGCAGCAUUUCGAUCGCGUGGACGAAUCCCAGUUUUGUCUUGGAUCCACCCAGAAAGCCAAGCGACGAUUACUCGAUGCAGCCAGCCAUUGGUGGGGCCAAAUGACAAACGGUGUAAGGAGGACGAGAAAUAUUUACAAACCAUCAUGGACGCCAAUGCCCAGAGUCACAAGUUAAUCAUCUUCGAUGCUCGGCAAAGUAGUGUGGCAGACGCCAGUAAGGCAAAAGGUGGAGGCUACGAGAGUGAAUCCGCCUAUUCAAACGCUGAGCUGAUAUUCUUGGAAAUCCAUAACAUCCACGUCAUGAGGGAGUCUCUCAGGAAACUGAAGGAUGUCGUUUACCCUGUGAUAGAUGAGGCCAAGUGGCUGUCAAAUAUUGAUUCAACUCAUUGGUUGGAAUACAUAAGGAUCCUUUUAGCUGGAGCCGUUCGGAUAGCGGACAAGGUUGAAUCAGCAAAAACCUCGGUUGUGGUCCACUGCAGUGAUGGCUGGGACCGGACUUCUCAGCUAACGUCCCUAACCAUGCUGAUCCUAGACAGCUACUACCGAACGAUUAAGGGAUUUGAAGUGCUGAUCGAAAAGGAGUGGCUAAGUUUUGGACACAGAUUUGCAGUCAGAGUAGGACACGGUGACGAGAACCAUGCUGAUGCUGAUCGAUCACCCAUCUUCCUUCAGUUCAUUGACUGCGUGUGGCAAAUGACAAAGCAGUUUCCUGCAGCCUUUGAGUUUAAUGAGCUCUUUCUACUGACAAUCCUGGACCAUCUGUACAGCUGUCUGUUUGGGACAUUCCUUUAUAACAGUGAGCAGCAAAGAAUGAAGGAGGAUGUGCAGAAAAAUACAGUCUCCCUCUGGUCCUACAUAAACAGCCAGCUCGAGGAAUUCACCAACCCGUUUUAUGUGAAUUAUGAGAAUCACAUACUUUACCCAGUCGCCAGCUUACGACACUUGGAAUUGUGGGUAAACUACUACGUCAGGUGGAACCCGAGGAUGAGACCUCAGUUGCCGAUCCACCAGACUUACAAGGAGCUUCUCGGUGUCCGGGCCGAGCUGCAGAAGAAGGUAGAGGAGCUUCAGCGUGAGGUCAGCAACAUGGCAGUGUCAUCUUCCUCUGAAAGAGCUUCGCCCACACAUUCAGUGUCACCUGUACAGACAACAGUGUGAAUCCACCAACCAUCCUCCCUACCAUGCUUCUUUGCUGGUAACUGAAUCACUGAAGUUACGACUGCAACAUGUAUAUGAGAGCUGUAAAUACGGUUGAUUCUGUAUGUACAUGUGCAUGAGUGUGCAAUAUUUUGCAGUGUACUUUGGGUUUUUGUAAACCCAUGUGGGGAUAUCUCUGUUGCGCAACUGCUUUAUUCUGAUGUUGAGACCUACGGUGGAAGGAUAAAUGUGAGUGCCACUGUGAAACUGGCCUAAACUUUAGUGCCAAUCCAUGAAUUAGCCAGAAAGGUCUGGGGAGGAGGGUUUGGAGGCAAAGGCAGAUGUGUCUGAUGGAUCAGCCCAGGCAAAGGACCAGAGUGCCAAGUUUCCUUUGUAGUCUGCUCAAAUGACUCAACUUUCACCUCUGUCCCUCCCACAAUGCAAACCACUUUAUUGGCCAUAAUCAACUCGAACCUGUGAUUUGGGGUUGGUAGGUGGAUAUCCUAUCAUAAUUCAGAGAAAACAGUUCGAUUGUUGUCUUUUCUUUUGUAGACAACUUCACUAUUGCUAUUUUAACUUCUUCUCAUUAAUAGAAUAUGUAUAUUUUUAUGUAGUGCAUGUAAAUGGCUGUACCCCCAUCACUAAAUUUAUCAUUGCAAAUGAAUGUAAACACUUUGCAGAAGCUUCCCUUGUGGGUUUCUGAAGCCUUGGGAAGCUGUGUAUUUAUAGAUUUUUAAGAUUUAGUGUUCGACAAACUUAGCAGCAAUAUUCUCAUCCAUAAGAUGCACCAAACUGAAAUGUCAUUGCGCCUAGAACAUAACAUAGUUAGUAAACUUUUUCCUCACAACUUCAUCUCCCUUUCAAGUGUGGGGGCAUUUUCUGUGUCAGGGGAAGAGGUGAUGCAUGUUUCCAUGCCGAGGGGGAAUCCUUCCAUCAAAACAUGCCGCCUGUUUGUGCCAGGAGUGCUGUAGUAUAGCAGACAGCUCAAAUUAUUUCCAAGAGUGAAGAGAACAAAAAUUUUACAAAACAAGCUUUGCAAAAAUCAUAAGAGAAGCUGCAAAUUUCCUGAAACCAGGACUGCCUUUCAUUUGUACAAAGAGGAAAGUGUCCUUUGUAUCUUUGCAGAAUUUGAGCACCAGAUUAAAAGUAUGACGUUAUGCUUUUCUCAUUCCAAUUAUUCAUCAAAUCAAACAACAUUUCACAGAUGUGUCCCUUCUACUUUUACAAAAAUGCAGGUUUCAGUCAUUACAUGCAUUAUUUUCAUGACUUUUCUACAGCAUUUCUACCGUUUUUUUCAGUACUUAAAAAGUAGUUUUGGUUUUAAAAAAACACUGAGGCAUUGCAUGUUUUAACCAUUGACCCAAAUGGCCUUUACUAGUGUUACCUAAAAAAGCCAAAGGGUUCAACUUCUGUCCAUGUCUUUGUGGUGUUAAUGUAUUUGGGAUGAAAAUCUGAGGUUUGGCUUUGAAUAGGCCAAAGCUGAAUUUCAGUUGGAUUUUUGGUGGGAGCAUGCAUGUUUUAAGUAUUGAAAACUGAUCAUUUUAAGUUUUACCUGGACCUAGAAACUUAACACUGAACAUAAUUUAAUAGUGGCCCAUGUCUGGAUUGCCCUCAGAUUAGCAAAUACUGUAAGUGGCUGCCAGUCUGGAAUAGUAAAGCCUCAUCAUGUUCUGUAGCAAUUCCAAGUGUUAAUUUUGAAUUUUCUGUAGCGGUAUGGCUUUUUCAUCUUCUACUGUCUGUGUUUUCUGUCAAAGAGCUCUAGCAAUCCCACUGCCAAUGUUGCUACCAAUGUACAAAUUUCUGAAGCAGAUAAGCAAUUCUUUAAACUACAACACAUCCUGUAUUAAUUUACAAGCAAAAGCAUUUUACUUCGGUGAGUAUUUGGCAUGUACAUAGAAAGUGUUUGCCUAAUGCAUUACAUUUUAAUAUAUGCUGUGAGGCCCCAUCUGCCCUCUCAGGUCAUUGCAAAAUAUUCCAUGGUACUUUCUGAAGAACAAGAGAGUUUGCUCCAGUGUCCUGGCCAAUGUUAAUGACUCAAUGUGCAUCACUGAAACAGACUCAUCGUUGUUUGUAGGAGCUUGCUAGGUGCGCACUGGCUCUUUGACUAUACUGUGACAGUGACUACUCUUCAAAUUUAUUUCAUUGGCUGUAAAGUGCUUUGAAACAUUGCAAAGAUGUGAAAGAUGCUAUAAAAAGGCAAGUUUCAUUAAUUAUUAUCUGAACACUGACUUAUUGGCACUCAAUAGUGAACAGUUUAAUUUGUAGCUUCAGAAGUGAUAUCACACCCUUAAAAUAGGAGCAAAAUUAACCAUUUAAUGAAAAAAAACACCAUCUUUAUUCUGAUGAAGGGUCUAGGCCCGAAACGUCAGCCUCUCUGCUCCUAUGAUGCUGCUUGGCCUGCUGUGUUCAUCCAGCCCUGCACCUUGUUGUCACCAUCUUUAUUAAGUUUUUUUUAAAAAAAUCUGUCAACACCAUAGUUUUAUCAGUUUAAGGGACCUGUCUGUCAAAUGGUUUAUUUGGUGGAUAUGUCUGGCACAUGCAGUGCCCAUAGACGACUGCAGGGCAUGGUGCAAAAUGAGGUUGGCAAAGUCUGAUGGUGACAGUGAGGGGUUAGUGGGAAACAGUGGAUGGAGACCACUUCCACAAGGGAGGGAUGUGAUUGAUGGAAUAGCAUGGGUGAGAUGAUAGAAAUGUUUAAGUACAACAAAAUGGCAGCGUGAUUGAUUAUUUGGUUCAGCUUAUUAUUAAAAAAACUGUUAAAUUGUGGCAAGAAUUAAAUUCACUUCAUUUGAAUGAAAUGUUUUUGGAAUAAACUGUCAGCUGAAUUAAAA